UGCACCUCCCCCUGCAGUGACCCUCAGGGCUAAUGGCUGUUACCAUGGUCCCUGAGGUCCGGCGUGGGCAAGGAACCAUGCGCGCAGGGGGAGAACAGCAAACUCCUUAAGAUGCAGAGAAGCCGAAUGCCUGUCAAGAAAUAAUGACCACCAGAAGCUGCCACAAAGAUGAUUAAAAGAAAUGCUGACCACUUGGAACCUUAUCUCGCUUUCUCAAGGCCCAUAAACUUUAUUCUGCUACAACUGUCUCUCUAAAAAACUUUCCUUUUUCUGGUCAUUGAUUGCUAAUUAAAAAACAUACCUAAUUUAAUAAUUAGGCUAAUGCAAAUGAAACAUUACUAAACACUGUGUUAUAAUAGAAUUGUUAGUUUAAUAAUCUUUCUAUUAUGUGCUUAACUUUAGUACCUUUGAUAUUAACUGCAUUAUAAAAUAAAUUCACCCAUGACAAUUAAUUAUGAUAGUUAGUGCAACUAGAAAAUAAUUAUAUAGAAUAGUAAAAAGAAUUUAUAGCCUAUCCAAUUAGGAAUGAGGCUAGAUGUAACUUCGGACAUAAAUCACUGCCCUGUCAAUUAAGCUAAAUUUAUGAGCAAACUGAUCUCUUUGAUGCUUUUAGAAAAACAUAUAUAUACUGACCACUAACUUAAUAAAGACGCACUCAGAUUUUCACUCUCUUGAAGUGUGUCUGUGUGUCAUUUAUUCAUCGAAUCCCUGACCACCCUGCGCAAUCUCUCAACCCUGAGACGGUCUCAUCGUCCAUCGCUGUGCUGGUCCGCGGCAGGUGGCGCCCAACGUGGGGCACGACCUUCAUUUCAUUGUUUUCACCCAAAGGAGAGGAUGCCGACUCCCCUGUCUGGAUUCCGGACAGACUCAUCCGCCACUGCCCGUCGGUCCCGGUCCCGAGCGAGAGCUCAGGCUAUCCGCCACCGACGGCAGAUGGCGCGUUUGACGAGGAGGAUGCGUCGCCUUCAACUCCUGCGGGAGCAUCCCAACCGCCUUCCAACCUGGGGUCAUAUAAAGGCCCUCGCGAUGAUGGCUGAACACCUGGUGCAACAAAAUAAUGUUCCACGCACUGCCUUAUCAAUUUUCAUGGCAAUUAUUGCCAUUUUGGCAACUCAGUCUACGCCCGUACAAGCGGCACAUUUCUGGGCUUAUGUUCCCGAGCCACCUUUUCUGCACCCAGUUCCCUGGACAGAAAACUCUGUCAUAAAAGUUUAUGUAAAUGACACCAACCUUCUUGGUGGCUUGGCUGAUUUUCACUCUGAACACAUGGUUUCUUCCCCUAUUGAUUAUGACGGUCUAUCUGAUGACCCUCCACUUUGUGCCUAUGCUAACUCUGUAUCCCUUCCUGGUUGUAUGAUGCUACAUUAUGUUUUCAUGUUCACUGAUGCACCACCUCGCACUCCCCCUAAAAACCAUCAAACAAACAACAAAGACCGUGUCGUCUGGGAUUUAACGUUCAUGGCCUUGGAACAAUUAAUAGCAGACGAUGAAAUCCGCACCUUCUCCUCACCGCCCUUUACUCCCCCUUUUCCCAACUGUGUUCAAAAAUACCGGGAUGUUGACCAAUACUGGGAUUCACUUAUUUCCUACCCAGUUUGGCUGCACUGUGGUUUUUCUCAAGCAAUGCCUAUAUCCCCUCUUAUGUCUCAGUUUACUGUAUAUGAUUUUUCAUUUGCUGUUCCAACCCUUCCCUAUAGAAGGUUCUCUGUUGGAUGGGUGCCACCUAUGUAUGCUUUUAAUCAUCACAAUAAGACUUAUUUACAGCCUGAACUUUUUCGUCUCUUCGCUGCCUUUGAUGAUGUAAUUUUCAGACAACCUGGACAGGACACUGCUAAGAUCCCAGUGCGUGCCUGCGUUGGAUACCCCUUUGCUCUACUUCUGGGAAAUGCCACAGCUACACGCAUUCAAUUGCGUGGGACUUCUUACUCUGUACAUUGUUCUGGCUGUGUUAUUACUAAUUGUAUCACCCCCUCUCUUGCUCGUAUAUAUCCUGUGGUGGUCUUACUUAAAAGACCCCCCUAUGUUAUGUUACCUGUUGAUUUACAUGAUAUGCCUUGGUAUGAUAAUACUGCCAUGCAAGUUUUAGAUGAAGUACAUGCCCUUCUUCGUCCUAAACGUUUUAUUGCCACCCUUAUUCUAGGAAUUGCUGCUCUAAUUUCCCUGGUUACCUCCUUAGCUACUUCCUCUGUUGCUUUAAUUCAGGAAACUAAGACAGCUUCUUUUGUAAAUGACCUUACCAAAAAUGUGACCAUGGCACUCUCUGUGCAGCGGGACAUUGAUUACAAGUUAGAAAGAAAGAUAAAUGCCCUGGAAGAAAUUGUUAUUGCCAUUGGAGAUGAAGUUCAGCUGCUUAAGCAGCAAUUAUCCACUCGCUGCCACGUUCACUUUCGUUUCAUUUGUGUUACACCUUUGCGUUAUAAUUCCUCUCUACAUUGGAAUCUUACUAAACAUCACCUAUUGGGCAUCUGGCAUGACAAUGACCUCUCUCAUGACCUUGCAUCUCUUCAGUCUGAAAUCUCUGCUGUCAGUAAAUCUCACCUAGAUACUUCAGUCUCUUCCUUUGCCCAUUCUCUGGCUUCCACUCUCCAAUCUUUAACUCCUACUCACUGGUAUCAUCUUGUUCUCUCCUUCCUUGUUCUUUCCCUACUUGUCCUGCUUCUCUGUUUGUUUAUUCCCUUCUGUGUCCGCUCACUUCACAGGUCCAUCUACCGCAUCCAGUGUGACAUGUAUGCUUACCAACUUCGUUCUAAAAUCAAAGGGGGACCUGCUGCACCUCCCCCUGCAGUGACCCUCAGGGCUAAUGGCUGUUACCAUGGUCCCUGAGGUCCGGCGUGGGCAAGGAACCAUGCGCGCAGGGGGAGAACAGCAAACUCCUUAAGAUGCAGAGAAGCCGAAUGCCUGUCAAGAAAUAAUGACCACCAGAAGCUGCCACAAAGAUGAUUAAAAGAAAUGCUGACCACUUGGAACCUUAUCUCGCUUUCUCAAGGCCCAUAAACUUUAUUCUGCUACAACUGUCUCUCUAAAAAACUUUCCUUUUUCUGGUCAUUGAUUGCUAAUUAAAAAACAUACCUAAUUUAAUAAUUAGGCUAAUGCAAAUGAAACAUUACUAAACACUGUGUUAUAAUAGAAUUGUUAGUUUAAUAAUCUUUCUAUUAUGUGCUUAACUUUAGUACCUUUGAUAUUAACUGCAUUAUAAAAUAAAUUCACCCAUGACAAUUAAUUAUGAUAGUUAGUGCAACUAGAAAAUAAUUAUAUAGAAUAGUAAAAAGAAUUUAUAGCCUAUCCAAUUAGGAAUGAGGCUAGAUGUAACUUCGGACAUAAAUCACUGCCCUGUCAAUUAAGCUAAAUUUAUGAGCAAACUGAUCUCUUUGAUGCUUUUAGAAAAACAUAUAUAUACUGACCACUAACUUAAUAAAGACGCACUCAGAUUUUCACUCUCUUGAAGUGUGUCUGUGUGUCAUUUAUUCAUCGAAUCCCUGACCACCCUGCGCAAUCUCUCAACCCUGAGACGGUCUCAUCGUCCAUCGCUGUGCUGGUCCGC